GUUGCAGAAUGGCGAGAGGAACAGGAAGGUUUGAAGAAGCUGCUCGCGAGUGCCGCCAGCGCCAAGCAAUCGACGGUGCCUGUAGCAGGCGUGGAGACUGUGGCCUCUCAGCCCGGAGCACAGCCCGGAACAAGUGGAAGUCCGGUGGUCUCUGAAUAUGCACGGUGGGCUGUACAAGCUGUCCCGCAGCGUGUCCCCGAGCCGAGCGCAGUCCAGUGCUGGGUGGGAGAGUUUGCAAACGCAAAGGAGGUCUGCUGCGACAGGAGUCAGGGACCCCUUGGAAGGUCACAGUGCUGGGAUGGCAUUUAUACCUUCGCGGCAUGCUGUGGAGAUGAAUCUGGAAAUUCCGAUGGUGCAGAGCUGCAGCAUGUAUACGAGCAAGAUGCCGAAGAGGCAGCGAGACAGUCUCGCAAAGUGAAAGGUAGGCUUUUUGCCAUCGAAAGGAAGCUGGCGGCGGUGGAGAGCGGCCUUCGAUGGUUCUCCUUGGUAGAAAAAUGUGUGGAGAGACGGUUCUUGGGCAAGGACUUCAAACUCUGCUUCUUCCAGGAUGCGCGACAAGGAUCCGUCCACGUUGGCAGUUUCGAUGGCUGGGAGGGCAAGGCCAUGUUGUACACUGGAGGCCAGCGCUGUCCAGCUGGUCCGGCACGUUCCAUGAAGGUCUGGCUGACUUGCGCUGGAGAAGUGGGGUUGCUGGAUGUGUCAGAGGUCUCGCUUUGCACCUACGAGGCCGUCGCAGGGACGCCUGGAGCUUGUGAGGUGGACCUCGAACCUGAGGAUGACGAAUUGGUUCUCAUGCCGGACGGUAGCUUUGUGCCCAAGGGAUGA